UACUUAUUCACCGAAAUGCGUCUCAAAAAGCUGGGAAUGUCUCGUCACGAGAAAUCAAAAUCAACGGGGGGAGGAAUCUUGGAUAGCCUUUUUGGAAGGCCCUCGAAAUCCAAAGGUGGAACAAUCAGCAGUGGAACUUUAACCCAUGGCGGACGACCAGUAUCAACGGAUAACUAUGUGGUGCCGGGCGUGGAGGACUUUGAGCAGUAUAUCCAACAGCUGACCGUUGCGGAGCUGGAUGCCAAAUUCCUGGAAAUCAUAGAGGAUAUGAAUAUACCCAAGGACAAGAGGGAGCCCCUGCUGGCCAAAUCGAAGGAGGAGCGUCAGAAAAUGAUUAUGUGGCACCUGAAAGGUAAAAACUCACUGGAGCGCAGUGCAAAUUCCCGGUUCGAGAAACCCAUAGACUACGUGGAGUAUCUGCAGAAUGGGGAGCACAGCACGCACAAGGUGUACCAGUGUGUGGAAUCUCUGCGUGUGGCGCUCACCAGCAAUCCGAUCUCGUGGAUCAAGGAAUUUGGAGUGGCGGGGAUUGGUACGAUCGAGAAGCUGUUGGCCCGGUCAAAGAAGGAUGCCAGCUAUGAGAAGAUUGAGUUCGAGGCGAUACGCUGUCUAAAGGCGAUCAUGAACAAUACAUGGGGUCUGAAUGUGGUUCUCAAUCCGGAUCAACACAGUGUCGUGCUAUUGCUGGCGCAAUCUCUGGAUCCCCGAAAGCCGCAGACCAUGUGCGAGGCCCUCAAAUUGUUGGCCUCAUUUUGUAUUGUCUAUGAGCGUAAUGGCUAUGAGAAGGUCCUCAGAGCCAUAACCACAAUAGCAGCCACAUCUUUUAAGGCCAGCGAACGCUUUCGACCCAUUGUGGAUGCUCUUUUUACCACAGAUCAGCUGGAUCCCAAACGGGAGUUGGCCUGUCACAGCUUGAUUUUCAUCAAUACUCUCACAAAUACUCCCACGGAUUUGAAUUUCCGCCUGCACCUGCGUUGUGAGAUUAUGCGGAUGGGUUUGUACGAUCGUCUGGAUGAGUUUACUAAGAUCGUGGAGACCAGCAAUAAUGAGGCACUGCAGCAGCAUUUUAAGAUCUUUAACGAGAUCCGCGAGGAUGAUUUCGAGGAGUUUGUCCAGCGCUUUGAUAACGUCACCUUCAACAUGGAUGAUGCCACCGAUUGUUUCGAUGUGCUAAAGAACCUAGUGACUGACACCACUUCCGAGCCCUACUUCUUGUCCAUCCUGCAGCAUUUGCUGUACAUCAGAGAUGAUUUCUACUUCCGGCCUGCAUACUAUCAACUUAUUGAGGAGUGUAUCUCGCAGAUUGUCUUCCAUAAGGGCUACUGUGAUCCUAACUUUGAGAAUAGGAACUUUAAUAUAGACACCUCCCUGCUGUUGGACGAUAUUGUGGAGAAGGCCAAGGCCAAGGAGUCCAAAAGAUCGGAGGAGUACGAGAAGAAGAUCGAGCAACUGGAGAGUGCCAAGCAGGAAGCGGAGGCGAAGGCGGCUCAUCUUGAGGAGAAAGUCAAACUAAUGGAGGCUAAUGGUGUGGCGGCUCCGUCGCCCAAUAAGCUACCCAAAGUUAAUAUACCCAUGCCACCACCACCGCCCGGAGGAGGAGCACCGCCUCCACCACCGCCACCCAUGCCGGGCAGAGCUGGUGGUGGACCACCCCCUCCUCCGCCACCUCCAAUGCCUGGCCGGGCUGGUGGACCACCUCCACCACCACCUCCUCCGGGAAUGGGUGGCCCACCGCCUCCACCUAUGCCUGGCAUGAUCCGACCAGGCGGUCCACCACCACCGCCUAUGAUGAUGGGUCCUAUGGUUCCAGUUCUUCCUCAUGGUCUUAAACCGAAAAAGAAGUGGGAUGUCAAGAAUCCCAUGAAGCGCGCCAACUGGAAGGCUAUUGUCCCAGCCAAAAUGUCCGACAAGGCCUUCUGGGUUAAGUGUCAGGAGGAUAAGUUGGCCCAGGAUGAUUUCCUCGCCGAGCUGUCCGUGAAAUUCUCCUCUAAGCCCGUAAAGAAAGAGCAAAAGGAUGCAGUGGAUAAACCGACGACGCUGACCAAGAAAAAUGUCGAUCUGCGAGUGUUGGACUCGAAGACUGCCCAGAAUUUAGCCAUCAUGUUGGGAGGAUCGCUGAAGCACCUGUCAUACGAACAGAUCAAGAUCUGUUUGCUGCGCUGCGACACCGCCAUUCUGUCCUCCAACAUCCUGCAGCAACUUAUUCAAUACCUGCCGCCGCCAGAGCAGCUUAAGCGUCUGCAGGAGAUCAAGGCCAAAGGAGAACCGCUGCCACCGAUUGAACAGUUCGCUGCCACGAUAGGGGAAAUCAAACGUCUUUCACCGCGUCUUCACAAUCUAAACUUCAAGCUUACUUAUGCGGAUAUGGUGCAGGAUAUCAAACCCGAUAUUGUGGCAGGAACAGCAGCUUGCGAAGAGGUCCGAAAUAGCAAAAAGUUCUCCAAGAUUCUGGAACUUAUUCUUCUGCUCGGCAACUACAUGAACUCGGGCUCUAAGAACGAGGCUGCCUUUGGCUUUGAGAUCAGCUAUCUUACCAAAUUGUCAAACACAAAGGAUACUGAUAAUAAGCAGACACUGCUGCACUAUCUGGCUGAUCUGGUGGAGAAGAAAUUCCCAGAUGCCCUGAACUUCUACGACGAUCUAUCGCAUGUAAAUAAGGCGUCGCGGGUAAACAUGGAUGCCAUCCAGAAGGCGAUGAGGCAAAUGAAUUCGGCGGUGAAAAAUCUGGAAACUGAUCUGCAGAACAACAAGGUGCCGCAGUGUGAUGAUGACAAGUUUAGUGAAGUGAUGGGCAAGUUCGCUGAAGAGUGCAGACAGCAAGUUGAUGUUCUGGGCAAAAUGCAGCUGCAAAUGGAGAAGCUGUACAAGGACCUCAGCGAGUACUAUGCCUUUGAUCCCAGCAAAUACACUAUGGAGGAGUUCUUUGCAGACAUCAAGACCUUCAAGGAUGCCUUCCAAUCGGCGCACAAUGACAAUGUACGAGUUCGUGAGGAACUGGAGAAGAAGCGACGCCUGCAAGAGGCCCGGGAACAGUCUGCCCGUGAACAGCAAGAGCGCCAGCAGCGUAAGAAGGCAGUGGUCGACAUGGAUGCGCCACAGACGCAGGAAGGUGUAAUGGACAGUCUCUUGGAGGCGCUGCAAACGGGCUCUGCCUUUGGCCAGCGUAACCGACAGGCCCGGCGACAACGACCAGCGGGAGCGGAACGGAGGGCACAACUCAGUAGGAGUCGAUCGCGUACGCGGGUCACCAAUGGGCAGCUAAUGACCCGUGAGAUGAUCCUCAAUGAAGUAUUAGGCUCCGCGUAGAAAUGAUACCAACCAGCAAUUCCCCUCUGUACAUAUAUAAAUAGACAUCUAUAGCGAUUUAAGGGCCUAGGAUCAUUAGCUGAGUACAUAUUUUUUGAAUCCAUGUGUGUUUUAGCCUUGUUUACAUAUCAACUCGAUUGAUGAGAUUUAACAAAAGAAUUUGGAUGGCCAGCAGGGAAAACUGUUUCAAUAGCCGCAAAGUACUAAAUAUUUGGGGAUAGUAGAGGUGAUUUUUCGACUAUUAUUCAUUGCUGUUUGAAAGUCUUUGAUAGUUUUAUAAAUUUUUCAUUUUCUGUAUUAGUUAUUUGUAUUUUUGAUUUUUUAUCACUUUGCUUAAUUGGAUUUUAUUAUGAAGACCCAAAAAUAACUUGUAAUAAUGUUUUUAAAUCUAUUGGUGGGCUGAUUUAAGUUCAAAUUUAAUCAUUUCAUUCACCGCCUAUAUACUCUAUUUAUAAUCUAACAUAAUUAUUCACAUUUAGAAAUAUUUUCCUAAUCUUUUAAACUAGCAAUGUACGAGAUCGAAAAAUCCAUCUCCGCUAAUCCCUACGAAAAGAAGAUAUAUUUUUAUACGAUUUUACUUCUGAAAUUGCGAAAGAAGCGGCAACUGAGGCCUAUUUAUUUUCUAAAUACUUAUAAAAGGAACUGAAAAAUCGAGUCGGAAUAUUAUUAUUAUCGAAUGAUCUGUAUCUUGUGGUUCUUAACACACUGUAUUCCUAUUUUACUGCGGCAUGUUCUGAUCAUUUUGUCGUGCACUUCGUUUUCGAGGCACUCACUAGGGCGAGAUAUAUAUCAAAAUGAAAUUCCUUUUGUAUUUAAUUUGUUUUUAAGCGAAACUCUUUUAAAUUUGUUUAUUUUAAAAGCUUAAUGUAAUCCAUGCUAUAACAUAACAUUGUUAAUUAAUACCUAUUUUUUUCGACAAUGAUCGUAUAUUGAAAAUAAACUUUUACCAAAAUUAUAAA